CACUGUUAAUAAAUUGUCAAACUUUGUCGUGUCGUCGAUACGAUGCAUAAAGUGAGGAAAAUAUAUUUACAUUACAUAUUAUGAAAACGUGACCAUUUUCAUUAUUUAUAUCUUCAAAUGGAUAAUUUCAAAGCUGUCGCUUACACCAAAGAGUAGUAAAACAGUUACAGCAAGUACUCUCGGAAAUUAAAAAAUGUCGAAGAAUGGCGAAGUGCCGUCAAACCAAGGCCCGAGUAGACCGAACGUGCCGAAACCUGACUUGAAUUUGUUUACUACUGAAAAACGUAAAGUAUUGGAUCUGCAACUGGGAGGUCCAUCCGGGGAUGGCGCUGCUUUCAUGCCUUAUUGCUCUAACCCUACACAAAAGCCAAAAUUGCCGACGCGUACUAUAAAAGAUGUCUUGCCUGAAAAUACUAGGGAUAGAUGUAGAAUCUACCCAUCUAUGCAGUCGUCAGGCAAACUACAGCUAUCUGCCACAGAGAUAUAUGACUUCACUGCAGAUGACCUGCAGGACCUAGGGGAAAUAGGACGUGGAGCAUUUGGGGCUGUUAAUAAAAUGAUCCACAGAAAAACAAACCGUGUCAUGGCUGUGAAACGCAUCCGAUCCACUGUUGACGAGAAGGAACAAAAGCAGCUUUUGAUGGACCUCGAAGUUGUAAUGAAGAGCAAUGAUUGCCCAUAUAUUGUUCAGUUCUAUGGAGCACUGUUUAAGGAAGGUGAUUGCUGGAUUUGUAUGGAAUUAAUGGACACCUCAUUAGACAAAUUCUAUAAAUUCAUAUGUGAGAGGAUGCAAACUCGAAUACCAGAAAACAUUAUAGCUAAAAUAACACUUGCUACAGUCAAAGCUUUAAAUUAUUUAAAAGAAAAACUAAAAAUCAUUCAUAGGGAUGUAAAGCCAUCCAAUAUCUUGCUAGAUAGAAGGGGCAAUAUAAAGUUGUGUGAUUUUGGUAUAUCUGGCAAGCUAGUGGACUCCAUAGCACGCACGCGCGACGCGGGCUGCCGGCCCUACAUGGCGCCUGAACGUAUCGACCCGGGUCGCGCUCGCGGGUACGAUGUUAGGUCAGACGUGUGGUCUCUGGGUAUCACCCUGAUGGAGGUGGCGACCGGCGCCUUCCCCUACCCACGCUGGGGCUCCGUCUUCGAGCAGCUGCAGCAGGUCGUUCAGGGCGAUCCCCCAAGACUUACGAAUGCUAACAACAUAUUCUCUAAUAACUUCGUGAACUUCGUCAAUACAUGCCUCAUCAAAGAGGAGACUCAACGUCCAAAAUAUAACAGGCUCUUGGAACAUCCAUUCAUAAAGGGCAUUGACCAGAGCAGGGCUGAUGUAGCAGAAUAUGUGUGUGAAGUGUUGGAUGCUAUGGAGCGCAACGGCGUCAGUCCGUUCACAACAGACCAGCCUGCACAGGCUUGGGAGGAUUAAACAGCAAUGAUUUGGACAAUUUCUACUUCUUGAAAAUCUGCUCUGGUUGAUUACUCAUUUGCAAUCAUGGUGUUGAUCAUAGAAUCGAUUUUAGUGGAAUGAAACACAACUGGCUGAUUACUUACUUACUGAAAAGGGUUUAGGAAACAGGUAAACAUGUUGCUAUUUGAGAAAAGUUCAGAAACAUGAAUGGUACAGCAAAUUUCUCCAAAAGAAGAAAAGCAAAUUUCUGCUUCUGAACUUACUCAGAGUGGUUUACCUAAGUGUAUGGGAUGCAUUUGCAAAUAUUCUUAUGUACACUUCAUAAGUGGUUGAAAGCAAUAAUAUUUCCAUUAAUACCAUUAAGAAUAGAUACCAUGUUUAUAAGAGAUUUGGCAAAGGUAAUGACUAAGCACUUCGCUUUUAAUAACUUCACUACACUUACACAUAGAAAAGUGUUUGAUUUUAAAUCUUGUUGACUGGCUUUACUCACUUGCUGCAAAGUCACAUAGAAAACUGAAUUGUAAUUUUAAGAAUAAUUAUUUCUGUAUAAAAUGAUGUAGUAUAAAUAGGUCAAUUUUUCUGUAUCCUUCCUUGAGGUUUUCAAUAAUAAUAUUUAAAGGUGUAUUUUGUUUUGUGUCCAGGUUCCCAAACGAAAUACAUCUUUCAUUUUAAAAUAAUGACAUAGUAAUUGUGAAGUUUUGGGUUCCUAGGUUAAAAUGAUCUAUUGACAUGUAAAUUAAUGUGAUGUGGAUGUGAAUCGCUUGUAGUUCUUUCCUCUGGCUGACUGAAAUGCGGAGUAGGCCAAUCAAUAUAGGUCUUGGUAAAAUGUAGGUAAUUUUAUAAAUUUGUAUAUACAGACAAAUAAUAAUUAUUAAGUAUUAAUAAAGUAGCAACCAUUUUUACAAGGCAAUGUUACACAUAAAUUGGCAUACAUAACUUAAAAUAAUGAAUUGUUGAAACACCCUUGCAAAUGAUUUCACUGUAUGUAUUUAAUUAAAAUUUUGUCUAUUUAUAAGAUUUGGUUCUCAAUACCAUUGUAUAUUUAAGGAAUAGAAUGAUAUAAUACAGAA